CGGAGAGCGCGGAGCCGAGGUCCCCGAGCGGCGCCUAAGCUUCCUUCUAGAAUUCAUUCCUUGCCUGAGUGCUUUCUUCCCUUCAUCUCGUACAUUUGAAAUUUUCUUUGACCUCUGAAGACUUGUGUUGCCUGAGGAAGCCCUGAAGUUGAGGAAGAGGAAAGAAAAGGAGUGAGGCAUGGCUCUUUCUCAGGAACGACUGACCUCUGAGGAUGUGGCCAUCAAAUUCACUCAGGAGGAGUGGGAAUUCCUGGACCCUGCUCAGAGGGCCUUGUACAGGGACGUGAUGCUAGAGACCUACAGGAACCUGCUGUCUGGGAGUCCCAGAAUUUUUGUUUCUGAUCUGAAUAUUAUCUUCACAUUGGAGCAUGAGAAAAAGCUCUGGACAGUGGGGAGUGAUGUAAAAGUAGCCAAAAAUAGAAUGUAUAAAGAACGAGAGUGGGACAAGCUGGUGGAGUGGAUCCGCUGUGGUUGUUACUUAGGAAAAUGUAAGGAGAAUAUCUCUCCUACAUAUGUGAUCAAGCAUUUGCAACCCAAAGCGAACAGUGAUAAACAAGAAACAUUCCAAACAUUGAUGCCGGGAAGACCUGAAAGCUGUGAAAUCAAACAUGUUCAUCUUUGGGAAAGUCAGGAAAAUAUGUGUGACUUUGAGUGUCAGUGGGGAGAUGACAAAAGAAAUUACAAAGGGACACCUGUAAGCUUUAAUGGAAAUGUGCCUGAUGGAAGAGAUUUGCAUGAUGGAAAGGAUGCAGGAAUCAAGCCCUUUGGAAACAGGCUUGGAUUUAAGUCUCAAGAUAAACUGCAGAUAUUUCAAACUGGUGGGAUAAUUUCUGAAUAUAAUGAAGUUGAGAGGUCUGUCAACAACAGUUUCUCAUUUUCACCACUUCAAAGAAUUCCUCCUUGUGUCCAAACCAGUGUUUCUAAUAUAUAUGGGAAUGAUUUUAUGAAUCCUUCAGUAGUAUCCCAAGACCUCAAAGCACACAGGGAAAAACCUUACAAAUGUGAUGAGUGUGGCAAGGCCUUUCAUGUAAAGUCAAUCCUUUUAAGUCAUCAGAAAAUUCAUACUGGAGAGAAACCUUACAAAUGUGAUGAGUGUGGCAAGGCCUUUCGUGUAAAGUCAAUCCUUUUAAGUCAUCAGACAGUUCAUACUGGAAAGAAACCUUACAAAUGUGAUGAGUGUGGCAAGCACUUUAGGCAGCCUUCACAGUUCAGAUGUCAUAAGCGAUUACAUACUGGAGAGAAACCUUACAAAUGUGAUGAGUGUGGCAAGGCCUUUACUCACAGGUCAAACCUCAGGAGACAUAAGAAAAUUCAUAUAGGAAAGAAAUUAUUUAAAUGUGAUAUAUGUGACAAAGUCUUCAGCCGAAAUGCACACCUUGCUGGUCAUCAGAGGGUUCAUACUGGAGAGAAACCUUACAAAUGUGAUGAGUGUGGCAAGGCCUUUCGUGUAAAGUCAACCCUUUUAAUUCAUCAGACAGUUCAUACUGGAGAGAAACCUUACAAAUGUGAUGAGUGUGGCAAGGCCUUUACUCACAGCUCAAACCUCAGGAGACAUAAGAAAAUUCAUAUAGGAAAGAAAUUAUUUAAAUGUGAUAUAUGUGACAAAGUCUUCAGCCGAAAUGCAAACCUUGCUGUUCAUCAGAGGGUUCAUACUGGAGAGAAACCUUACAAAUGUAAUGAGUGUGGCAAGCACUAUAGUCACUCUUCACAGUUAAUAAGUCAUAAGAGACUUCAUACUGGAGAGAAACCUUACAAAUGUGAUGAGUGUGGCAAGGCCUUUCGUGUUAAAACCUUCCUUUUAAGUCAUCAGACAGUUCAUACUGGUGAGAAACCUUACAAAUGUGAUGAGUGUGGCAAGGCCUUUCGUCAAAAGUCAACGCUUUUAAGGCAUCAGACAGUUCAUACUGGAGAGAAACCUUACAAAUGUGAUGAGUGUGGCAAGACCUUUCGUGUUAAAGCCUUCCUUUUAAGUCAUCAGACAGUUCAUACUGGUGAGAAACCUUACAGAUGUGAUGAGUGUGGCAAGACCUUUCGUGUAAAGUCAAUCCUUUUAAGUCAUCAGACAGUUCACACUGGACAGAAACCUUACAAAUGUGAUGAGUGUGGCAAGCACUUUAGUCAGCCUUCACAGUUCAUAAGUCAUAAGAGAUUUCAUACUGGAGAGAAACCUUACAAAUGUGACGAGUGUGGCAAGGCCUUUUGUGUAAAGUCAAUCCUUGUAAGGCAUAAAACAAUUCAUACUGGAGAGAAACCUUACAAAUGUUAUGAGUGUGGCAAGGCAUUUCAUGUAAAGUCGAUCUUUUUAAGUCAUCAGACAGUUCAUACUGGUGACAAACCUUAUAAAUGUGAUGAAUGUGGCAAGGCCUUUACUGAGAGCUCACACCUCAGGAGACAUCAGAAAAUUCAUACAGGAAAUAAAUUAUUUAAAUGUGAUAUAUGUGACAAAGUCUUCAGCCGAAAUGCACACCUUGCUGGUCAUCAGAGGGUUCAUACUGGACAGAAACCUUACAAAUGUAAUGAGUGUGGCAAGCACUUUAGUCAACCUUCACAUUUCAUAAGUCAUAUGAAAUUUCAUACUGGAGAGAAACCUUACAAAUGUGAUGAGUGUGGAAGAGUCUCCAGUCAAAAACCACGUCUUCAACUUCAUUGGAGAAUUCAUACUGGAGAGAGACCUUUCAGAUGUGAUGAGUGUGGCAAGUCCUUCAGUCAAAAUUCACACCUUACAAGUCAUCGCACAAUACAUAUAGAGAAAGCCUUCAAAUGUUUCGAGUGUGGAAAAUCCUUUACUCAGGUCUCAGCACUCACUAAACAUCAGAAAAUCCAUACAUGA